GAUUCUAACGCCCCGCCCACAUGCUUUGCCGGAGAGAUGUGAGGCGAACGUGUACUUGCUGUAAACACACAUAAGAAGCAAGACGGCAGGAGGAAAGUCGCUGGAGCGGCUAGAAUGUUGUGACUCAACGCAGCGGAAGUGGUGUCUGAGCCCCGGUGUGGCCGAGGCGGAUGAUGCGGGGUUUGCGCUCCAGGUCGGACUCCAUGGCCGUGCCGUUAAACUCGGCUGUGGAGACAGAAAAGGCGCAGGCGCUGCUCCAGACGUUCAGCACUGCAUCUCUGCUGGCCAGCGCUGGACUCGGAGCCUUCUGCCUCAUAGCCGAUGCCGUUCUGAACUCGCCAUUUAUCCAGGAGCACGCGUGGCUCAGGGCACUGCUGGACAACUCAGUACAUGGCCUGAUCGCGCUCUGGUCUUGGGCCAUCGUCAUUGGCCUCAGGAAGAAGAGCGACUUUUAUGAAGUGUUGCUGGCUGGCUUCCUCGCCUCCUCCAUCGACCUGGACCACUUCUACAUGGCCGGAUCACUGUCACUUAAAGCAGCUCUGAACCUGCCGCAGCGUCCUCCGCUUCACUGCUCCACGCUGGUUCCGGUGCUCUGCUUCUCACUGCGCCUGCUCAUGUGGGCGUGCAGGCUGAAGGACUCUUGGUGUUCGCUGCCCUGGCUGCUCUUCAUCUCUCUGGCGUCACACCACAUACGGGACGGAGUGCGCCACGGCUUGUGGCUCUGGCCCUUCGCCAACACGCCGCCAAUCUCCUACUGGCUGUACGUCACCAUCACGGCCACCCUCCCCCACCUCUGUUCUGUGCUCAUGUACCUGACCGGCACUAGAGACAUGAUUUCUACUAAGCACGGCGUAGCCAUUGACGUCUGAUCCGAGUGCUUAACAUACGAUGUGCGAUACUGUUCUUUGUUCCUCUCCAAGGAAAUUUUUUGCACUGCAGUUGUGUGACCUGAACUUCUGGAGUUCAGCAGCACCUCACUUACAACUGCAAGUCCUUUUUGUCCCUUUAUGUAAUUUAACCAGCUCAUCAGGUGUCACUUUGCUAUCAGGGUUUACUGACUGCUCUAAUUGGAACUGUAUAUAUGAACAAUUUAUAAUCUCAAAAGAGACAGAAGCUCUCUUUUUGAAGGAAUCUUUGCCAAUCUUUGCCAUACCAAGUCCACUUGUCUGUGAUAUUUUCAUCAUCAAAUUUUUUUCUUGCAUUGGUUUUAAGUCAUCUUCAAGAGUGACCAAGUAGAGGAAGAGAAUUUGCUAGAUGAUGCUCUUUAAAGAUACGUUUCAGCCCAGAACUGAAAUCUACACAAUUUCCAUACUCAUCCAGGUUGCAUUGUGCUAAAACUGGUAGCUCUAAGCUUCCAUCAUUUGUCCAUCAGCUUUAGCCUCUAACCCUAAGCAGAGCUCAUGCAACAAACAUGUUGUUUGACUAGAUUUGGAGUAAGGGCAAAAUUUUGAGGUUCCUUUAAAUGCUGUCCCAUGUCCAGGGUAGUACAAAGAUGUUGUAGUAGCCAUCAGGAUAGCACAGAUUCUGCCAUCAGUGAUCAAAACCUACAGCCAACCUGACAACCUUAUGACCUGAAUACAUGCAAACAAGCUCAGAUAAUUAAUCAUCGUGAGAGACAAAAUUAACUAUGUUUACAUAUGAAUACUUGCUUUGUGUAGUAACAGUGUGUAAAGAUUGAGUAAGAAGGGUUGCUUUAGGUGAAAGUGAAUCUGAGAUGCUUACUGUUCCAAGAUAGAAGAGAAGUAUGAGUUACCCACCAGUCUGUUUAGAGAGUAUUAGAUACAGUGCAGUCUGAAGGUAACUGGACAGUGCACAUCUUCCCACUAUUGAUCAUAUAUAUCAUAAGAAUCAACACAUCCAAUAUUGUUAUUGUGGUCGCUUCAAAAUAUGACUACUCAACAAACACAUGCAGAUAUUUCGAUUAGCUGCCACUACCUGCUGUGAGCUUUUUUAAUCCAUUGAUUUUUUUUAAUCUACUUGUACUCUUAUUGUGUCAGUGUUUGAAAUCUUGUUUUCUGAAGAUUCUGAAGCUUGUGGCCAGAAAAGUGUUCAGACGUGCUGUAGAUUGUGGGUGGAGCAUAAACACAUAGCCAUGUUUUACAUAAAAGUUUUAAACAAGAUCAUAAACCAUGAUAAAAGCUAGUGAAUUAUGAUGUGAUGUGAAAGGCUAGUUUUUUGUUUCUGUUUAGCAUGAUAAUGUUUUGCUUUAAAUCCAGUGUCCUGUGGUUCAAUACAACUAAAAUCAUUUUUGUCCAAUUAUUUCCAGACCGCAUUGUUCAUCUCCACGAGUCUGCUGAAAUGAAACUGGUUCUCUGGAAGUCGCAAAUGAGGUUGUUGUACUCUCUUUAUGCCAUUUGCAAACAAGCAUAGUAUCAUGAGCUUGUAUCACAAAUUCCCUUAUUCCCUUGAUAUCCCUUAUCAAUAACAGUGUUUAAUAGUUUGUUAAAAUUCAUAUUUAGUGUGUAAUCUGAGAUGAAGGACCAGCAAGAAGUGAGUGAUCAACAGGCAGUGUUAAAGAAAAGAAAAACAAAUUAAUGACUCAGAUGAGUGAGGUUUUUUUUUCCCUGUCUCUAGGACAUUGACGAUUACUGUAAAUAACAACUAGCUAGUUAGUCUACACUAUUGCUUUAGAGGAAAAGAAAUGAAAAUGAACAAACCCAUCCUUAAAGAGACUUUGAUGAACCUCCCCCAGAUGUCUGAUUCAUACUGGAGUUUAUGUUACACUUGUUUCUUGUUUUCCGUAUGUUUGUAUUCACUGAAUUUCUUUGCUUUAAACCAUGUGAAAAUAAUCUCUGUUCUCAGCAGUGUAGAUUCUGCCGGAUAAAAACAGGGCUGGACAUUUCAGUGUCGUUGCUGUAUUCAUCACAGAACCCAGGAAUCAAGAUUUAAAGCGAUUAUUUCCCUCAGAUAUGGACAGAAAUGUGUAUUUUGUCCAGCAGGGGGCAGCAGUGCACUACAGGUAGUUUUUAUGUUUGCGUACUGUUAUAAUGCCACUGUGUAACUGUACAGAUGGUUUCAUUUUGCACAUUUAAUUUAUGUAUUGUGUUAAUGUCUUUUGUCAUUUGUUAAUAUCCUGUUAAGUAAUUGUCUUAAUUUAUUAUCGACGAAGAACGUGUGCUCCAGGACUAAUCUUUAACUUGAGCUGAUCACAGCACUUGCAUGACUACAGCCCAUCAGGGCCAUCAUGUCAGGUGAAGAGAAAAUCAUGUGCACUUUUUAUUUGUGAACACUGUGUGCCGGGUUUAUUUCAGGAUUAAAUUUGAGGAACAUUCCA